AGAAGACCUUCGCGAUAGAAACGGCUGUGAUUUGUUCAAGUUUGACUGGCUGCUGACCUCCCGUGGUCACGAAAGUCCCAGCGUUGCUGCUGAGCCCGAAUUCUUCCAAGAAAAUCCACGUGGUGGCGGCGGAUCUGACACCAACCAUCUCACAAUCAACUCACAACUCCCCGGCUCAAGAUUUGACUCGCUGGCUGAAACAGACAGAGUUCUGAUCCUACCACAAUAUAUCAAGCACUACCGUCGACCUCACCUUGCAUUUCGUUUCUCUUCCUUUUCUGACAUCUCCGCACAAUCGAAUUCUCUUGAUACUCUACUUCAGAAUCAUGUGCCAGCCCAACAGCCUCAAGAAAAUCAACUUCGAAGAGAUUAAGAUGUUCUGCCAACUAUGGGAAGAGCUCUCGCGCUCAGAAAUCGGCCAACAGCUCUGGCACCGGGCGCUUGAGGAAUUCGAGAGCGCUGGUCUACGAGCUUCUUUUUACGCCAACGACUCAGACGUCAAGAUUUUGCAAGCGAACCGCAGCUUCCUCCGAUCGAUCGAAAGCAUUUAUCAGACCACUCUCCGCUACGUGGAUACUUCGGAGGAGAACAGCCUCAAGCCAGCCCACUUGCCUCCGUACGAACCUUAUGCACGGCAGACGUCUGCACCUUCAACGACGCAAGCACGACGGCCAGAGAAAAAACAGAUGAACCUCAAAGAAGAAGAUGAAGAGUACGAUAUCAUGGAUGACACCGACCUGGAAGACUGUACGAGGGGGAUUUCUAGGAUGAAGUGUCAAGAAUGAAUGCAGUGUUUGUCAUUACUAGAGGAACGAGAGGAAUAAAACAGAAAAUUGAAGAGAAGCAAAGGAGCUACCACAAGAUCGACAGCACGAGUUCUGAUUUAUUCACACAGAAGCUGUGUGGAUAUGCUCGAUCAUGUUUAUCAUCAUCGAGGGCACCAAACGGUACC